UUAAAGGACUUAACGAAGCUUAAGUGCGGUCUAUAAAUCGUUUUUAAAAUUUGCACAUCAGUUACUUACAAAUGGCUGAUCCUGGUGAAUGUGACUCGUGUUCUUUAGCCAACUCGACGCAAAAGUCCUGCGGCUCUAACGAAAUCGCCUCCCAACUGAAAUACCCGCAGUUUCCGAUAGUGCAUUUACUUAUGAAAGAACUGAACCUUUGUGCUCACGAUCCGAUUUUCGUACCUCCUUGGUAGAAUCUUAAGGUUUUUCAUAUAUCACAGUGAUUCAUUAAGAAAAGACCCUGUACCCUAAUGGGUUAAAGGGAUCAACUUAAAGAACUUAUAAAGUGUUUUAAUAGUAAGUUUCAAAGUGUUUUAUUCAAAAAUGUCAUUGCAGAGGUCUUAUAAGUACAUCAUGUAUGCCACCAAGCAACCCUCCUUGAAGAUCAAACAGGCUGACUUGAAAUGUAAGGCAGGAUGUGGCUUUUUUGGGAAUGCAGACUGGAACGGUUACUGUUCGAAAUGUUAUCGAAACCAAAUGGAACAGGAGAGACAGAAAAAGUCUCGACAUUCGCCGUCCCAUUCUCCGGGACACCACGGGGAUCCCGCCAAAAACCAAAUGUCCGGCUUUUCGAAAUUCGAGGAAAAGAAAAAACAGCAAACCGACAAAAAAACGAAAUACCUGAAAAAUUUACCGGUUUUUAGGAAAUCGUCGAGUGCCAAGGACACGAUAAAACCAGAAAAGUAUUCCAUAAGGCAAGCGAACCCGGACGCCGAUAAACUGAUGGCCGAAUUCCUGUCGAAAUAUGGUUGUCUCGGCGACGAGGUUCGACGUGAUUUUUUGAAAUGCAUCCAAGUGUUCACCAACACCCUCCUUAACGAGCUGGAAUCGAAACCGAUCGAUGAAAUCGCGGAAAUAGCUCAGAAGUAUUACAAUUUGUAUAAUACCAGGAUUAAUUCCCGUAUUACUUAUCAGGAACUCGCUACGGACGUCAAAGUUGAAUUGGAAGAUUUCUUUGAGAAAUACAGUAUGGUUAGCUUAUAUAGUUCCCUUUUCUGUCCUUCGUUCACAAACGACGAAGAAAAAGACUUAUCGAUACAAGAACGUAUCCGAAAACUGACGUGGGUCAACGCCCACCAUUUGGACUGUUGCAUCAGCGAAACCAGCCUGGAAGUGCGGGAUUUGGUCUACACCGCGAUCACCGAUUUAUUGGGAAUGGACUCGGUUAAGGCCCCGCAGGAAAAACUUCAGUGUGUCGUGAAAUGUUGCAGGAGUGUCGUCGAGGUCUUGCAGCACUGUCAAGGUGGUCCAGUAAGCGCGGACGAAUUUUUGCCAGCUUUAAUAUUUGUGGUGUUAAAAGCGAAUCCUGCACGAUUAAAAAGUAACAUUUUAUACGUCACCAGGUUCUGUAAGGAUUCGAAAUUGAUGCAAGGAGAGGCCGGAUACUAUUUUACCAACUUGUGUUGUGCUGUAUCUUUCAUCGAAAACUUGACAGCAGAAUCCCUAAACAUGUCAGAGCAGGAAUUCGGCGCUUACAUGUCAGGAGAGAUUACGACGGUGAGUGCUUGGGAUUCGGCGUUGGUUGCUUGCGAAGGAAUGCAUCAACUUUGUGAACACAUAUCCUUAUUAAAAAACUUGAAGGAACGAAACCUCUCUAUCCAAGAGGAGAAAAAAAAAUUGGUGGAAGAACUGAAAAAUUUAAAGGACCAAAUAUCGUCUGAAGUAUCGUCGGUACUCGAGCGAACCCCACUGGUAAUCAAACCGAGAAAAACCCCGAUUCCCUUCACCUCAGACACCAAACCGAGCAGCGGGUCUCUAAUGACGAACGUCGCUUUAGCCACUCAAACCGCAGCAAAAAACCACGACAAAACCAAACUGAACCUGGACAUCGCUCCUUGCAUCACUUUACCGCCCAUUGAACAACCGGUUGAUUUAUUAAGUCCCUUCAAUGACAACCAGAGCAUCGACGGUUUAACGCCAGACGAUAACAGUUUACUGGGCUUAUCAAAGGUGAAUUACGACAUCGACUUUUCGGAUCUGAGCAACGAUAACAGUGUGGCCGAAGCGUUAACGCCAGAAAAACGGUGCUCGCCUACGUUAAGUUUUACUGCAGACCCGUUCAGUCCGAUUGGUACUUCUUGCACGAUAACUCAGCAACCGUUAAUACCGUCCAGUGUUCCGUUACAACUGGAGGUCGAGAGUGAGUCCAAGACGGUUAAAGACGAUUUUGUUUUGCCAUUUUUGGAGAAUUCUAAAGACGAUUUGGAGGAGACGCUUUUGGAUAAAGUCGAAUCUACCCCGACCAUCAAUUUGCCGCCUCCGUUGAAUCCGGUGAAAACCGAAUAUACGGGGUUUUCCAAGCAAGGGUCCAAGAUCCCGAGCAUCCCGUGUCACACUGGGGAGUUUCACUCUUUGAGUGCAGACACUUCGAAAAGGGAAUAAAGUUUACGUUUACUAGUGAUUGUAUAUUACGUUUUUUUCUGUUGUUUAGUUUUAAAAUUAGUAAAGAUAUUUUAAGUUUCAUUCCGUUACAAUAAAAAUAAGUAAAACUAA